UCUGGGGCAGCAGCACAAUAAAAGAAGCCUGCAGAGGAUCGGUGCAGGAUAAUCACAGCCUGGAUCAUCGAUAGAGCGUCUGCUUUUACUGGAAACAUGUGGCUCCUGAUUGUUUUAGCCUUCUUGGUUAUAUGGGCAGGCGGCACCUACUGGUACCUGUUCGGAAAGCCCAGUCCUUUCUCGCUGGAAUCUGUGAGGCCUCCUGGACCGAGAGAGUUUGACCAGAAGAAGAGAGACAAAGUAAUCAAACAAGGUUUUAGUGUGGACAAAGUGCCUGGGAACCUGGAUGUGAUCGUAAUCGGCAGUGGGAUCGGAGGACUGACAGCUGGGGCAACACUUGCUAAAGCAGGAAAGAGGGUUCUGGUUCUGGAACAACACGACCAGGCUGGAGGCUGCUGCCACUCUUAUAUAGAGAAAGGCUUUGAGUUUGAUGUUGGUCUUCAUUACAUCGGUCAGGUGCAUGAGAACAGCCUGCUUCGGGUCGCUUUUGACCAGAUCACAGAGGGCCAGCUGGAGUUUCAGGAGCUACAGCCUCAUUUUGACACCGUCCAAAUUGGCCUCGGUGAUGAGAAAAGGGAGUACAAGAUUUAUUCCGGCAAACAUGAGAUGGAAGCCGAGCUCAUCAAACAAUUUCCAAACGAGAAAGAUGCUAUUGAGAAGUUUUUUAAAGUCAUGAAGGUUUCAGCUAAGAAGACCCACUACCUCGCAAGCAUGAAGCUGAUACCUCAGUGGAUCUGUUUGUUUUUGCUGAAGUCAGGAAUCGCAGAUCUCAUAUCUCCAGUCUUCCGCCUCUCUGGAACACCUGCAACCGAGUUCAUGAACACCCUGACUAAUAAUAAGGACCUCCAAGUUAUCUUUUCUUACUUUUUCUAUGGAGUGCCUCCAAAGGAAUCCAGCAUUCUCAUAAAUGCCCUCCUGAUGCAUCACUACAAACGAGGUGCCUACUACCCUAAAGGUGGAGGCAGCGAGAUCGCCUUCCACAUCAUCCGCACUAUUCAGAGAUAUGGAGGGAACUGCCUGGUCAGAGCCCCCGUCUCUCAGAUCCUAGUCGAUGAGAAAGGAGCCGCCUAUGGCGUGAAGGUGAAGAAAGGUGGGGAGGAAGUGGAGGUCCAUGCACCUGUAGUGGUUUCAAACUGUGGAGUUUUUACCACCUUCCAGAAACUCCUUCCACCUGAGAUUCAGGUCAGACAUGAUGUUCAGGAAAGACUGAACAUGAUGAAACACGGCAGGGGGUCGUUCUUGGUCUUCUCUGGAUUCGAUGGAACCGCAGAAGAACUGGGUCUUGUGUCUACAAACUUCUGGAUGUUCAAAGACAAUGACAUGGAUAAGUCGAUGGAGAACUUUUUUGCAAUGAGCAAAGAAGAUGCACCUGAUAACAUACCCAUGAUGUUCAUCACAGUGCCAUCUGCAAAAGAUCCUGAAGCUGAAAUGCGACAUCCGGGAAAAUCUUCCAUGACCAUACUGACAAUGGUUAAAUAUGAAUGGUUUGAAGAGUGGAAGAAUACAACUGUGCGCAAAAGAGGUGAUGAGUAUCACAACUACAAAAUGAGAUUUGCAAAGAACCUCUUUGACUGGGCCUGCACUGUGUUCCCUAAGAUCAGAGACAAGCUUGUUUUCCAAGAUGUGGCGACUCCACUGAGCAACGUGCACUACCUGGGAGCUCAGCGUGGGGCGAUGUACUCUGCUGAGCACAACGUGGAGCGUUUCUAUGCUGAGACUGUAGCCAGGAACAGAUGCAGCACCCCUGUAAAGAAUCUCUACAUCUCAGGCCAAGAUGUGUUUAGCUGUGGGAUUGCAGGCGCUCUGCAUGGAGGACUCCUCUGCGCCUCCACGGUUUUAGAUCAAAUCGUCUACAUCGACUUAGUCCUCCUUAAAAAGAAGCUGAAGAGGAGGAAAGCCAAAGAGAUGGCCCAGAUGGCUAAGAAGAAACUGCAAUAAGAAUGCUGCUCACUACCUCCUCUGCAGGGCAAUAGAGAAUCUGCAACAACUUGGCAUAACUACAAUGCAUGUUUUCCAGGCAACAGAUGUUAUUCUAUAUUUUUACUGUUUUAUUAAUGUGGUAAAUUGAUUUUAUCAUGUAACAUAUCUCAGUGUCUUUGGUUUAGA